GAUGCGUAGAGUAACCGCUAGCAACGAGUAGAAGCCCAACACUCCUUUUCCUUCUCCAACAAAUCAACUGCUCUCAUCACUAUAUAUAAUACAAAUUCAUCCAAUUGCAGUUUGCAGAACCCAUAAUUUUUUGCAGAUCGAGGAAGAAAAGAUGUGUUGCGGUGGUAGAAUGUGCAUGCUGUGUGUAUGCUUAAUAGCAAUUGUGGUGGCGAUUGGGUUUUUGUUCGGAUUUGGAGUUUUCAAAAAUGGAUUUCAUAAAUUGAAGGAUACUUUUCAUCUCGCUGAUAAUUGUAUCAAUGCUGCUGCUUCUCACUGUUCUUCUUCAAGGCCCUUUCUAGGUUUUCCUCUUGCUAAUUCCACUGCUCCUUCGCCAUCGAAUUAGAUUCUGAAUUUUCAUUAUGAAUUUAGCAUUAUAGAUCUGUUUAUUCGUUUAUAUAAUGGUGUAGUAGUUAAUUUUGUGUAAAGCGCUCGUCAUUAUUGCUCUGUAUUUUUACUUUGAUGUUGAAUUUAAUUAGUUAAUCCUGUUCUGUUUUAGAUCCAAAUUCAUAAUUCAUUCUGUUUUUAUGUUAUAUAUUCAUGACUAAAUUCAUACUAUUUAAUCAAAAUUUGAGA